ACCCUGAUGGGGCAACCACUGCACUUUAAGGUUAGGAAUGCUGCGGUGCGAGAUUGGGACAGCAGGGCUCCCGAUUGGGACAGCAGGGCUCCCAAACUGAGAGAACUGCCGUGCCAAAGAGAAGUACAACAGCGCACUCUCAUUUCGUACAGCUGUUACACUAGUUGGUGCUUCUGUAGUGCCAAACUUUUUUCCGUGUAGCGAAAACACGUUAAAAGUUCGACUUAGUUCAGCCAUUAGCGAAACAACGCCAAACACAAAAUACAAAAUCGACGUUAUGAUGAAACAGGAAACUUUAAUAAUAUCAUACACCUGUGGUGUAUGCGAAACUAUUUGUAAUGAACAAGAAAUGUCUUCCCAUUCAUGUUUGGAGGGUUACAAUCAUUGCCAAGUGGAUGAAAAUUUAUAUUUUUAUCCUCAAACUGACGAUGGACAAAUCAUUCGUGAGAGUUUGGUGAAUGAUUCAAAAACAAUUGUUAUGAAAGAUAACCAGGUUCCAAAUAAAGAGACUGAAAAUAAUUGGCGAAACAAAAAAGUCACAGAAGAGGAACGUUUAAUUGAAGAAAUUCAUAAACGUCCUCCAUUAUGGAAUUUUAAGCUUCCUCUUACUGAAAGAAGUCUGCGAAUAAAAAACAAAUUAUGGGAAGAAGUAGCUGCAUUAAUAGACGGUAAAAUGGAUGUUUCAACUAUUAAAAAGAGAUGGAAAUCGCUAUGCGAUACUUUUAGAGUUCAUCACAAAAGUAAGCAGCAACAGAGUAGCUCAGCAAGAACAUUAAGCAGAAAAGAAUGGAUUCACUAUAAACAAAUGCAAUUUCUUUGCGAUAUGCAACUGGAAAGCGAAACUGUAACAAAUAUCUCAGCAACUAAGGUUCAUAAUAUUGACCAAUGUAUUGAUAACGAAACUAUGAAUGAUACUAUCAGUAACUGUAGUGAAUCACAUAGUAGAAAGCGUUAUUAUUCGGAAAUUUCAGACAGCGAGAGACAUUUUGAGCGACUUACCGAAAUUCUUAGUCAUCCAAUUACAGUCAACCUUCCAACCACUAAUCAAGAUAAAAUCAGUGCGUUUGGUAAUUUAGUAGUUGCUCACCUUCGAGAGAUGAAUCCACAAUUAACAGAUGAUGUAAUGUUAAAAAUAAUGCAGGUUAUUAAUAACGCAAAGAAAUUAUAAUUAUAUAUUAAAUAUAUAAAAUAUAUUUUUUGAAUAAUGAAA